AUGGCUACUUGGAAUCAAAUACAGCAGCAACUUCGUCACCCUAAUAAUCCUGUGGUUUUCUUUGAUAUAACGAUUGGAUCUACAGAAGUAGGAAGAAUGAAAAUGGAGUUAUUUUCGGAUGUAGUGCCGAAAACAGCUGAAAAUUUCAGGCAGUUUUGUACUGGGGAAUAUAAAAAAGAUGGUGUUCCAAUUGGAUACAAAGGCUCUAUAUUUCAUAGAGUUAUCAAGGAUUUUAUGAUUCAAGGAGGAGAUUUUGUAAAUGGUGAUGGAACAGGUGUAAUGAGCAUAUAUGGAGCAACUACAUUUGUAGAUGAAAAUUUUAAACUUAAACAUGAUGGACCUGGAUUGCUUUCAAUGGCUAAUAGUGGAAAAGACACAAAUGGCUGUCAGUUCUUCAUUACAUGUGCAAAAUGUGAUUUUUUGGAUGGGAAACAUGUUGUGUUUGGUCGGAUAUUAGAUGGCCUUUUAGUUAUGAGGAAAAUUGAAAAUGUGCCUACAGGACCUAACAAUAAACCAAAAAUACCUGUUAUAAUAUCACAAUGUGGAGAAAUGUGAUUUAAGUAACCUAUAUUAUUGUACAUUUUGUUAAUAAAUUUUUAUUUUUUUGUAA